GGAGAGAAGGCAGGCGGGAAUGAGAUAGGUGGGGAAGGGGGAGUCAACUGAGAGUGAGGCCCGCCCCCGGUCCACUUGACUUAGCGACUUGACCUUCCUUGGGGGCCAAGCCAAUCACAGAGCAGGAAGGACAGCAGAGCUCACACAGCGGCUGCAGUGCCUGUGAGCCUUUCUGGAGCAGAAGUUCUCCUCACAGACAGAGAGAGGCAGCAGACAGCAGGCACCAUGGAGCCCCCCUCCGGCCCUUCCCGCAGAGGGUGUGUCCCCUGGAGCAGGCUCCUGCUGGCAGCCUCACUCUUAACUUUCUGGACUCCGCCCACCACUACCCAGCUCUCUAUUGAAACGGUGCCACCCCUUGCUGCAGAAGGAUCCAAUGUCCUGCUACUUGCCCACAACGUGACAGAGAAAACUCUACGCUAUUCCUGGUACAGAGGAGAAAGGGUAGAAACCACCUAGCUAAUUGCAUCAUAUGGAGUAGCCACUAAUUUAAUUACCAAAGGGCCUGCACACAGCGGUCGGGAGACACUUUACCCCAAUGGAACCCUGCUGAUCCAGAACAUCACCGAGAAAGACACAGGAUCCUGCACCCUGCUCAUUUUAAAGUUUGAUUUACAGACAGGACAGACUGGAUACCUCCACGUACAUCACCCAGUGGCACGGCCCUCCCUCCAAGCCAGCAACACCACAGUCGCAGAACAUGAGGGUCCCGUGGUCCUGACCUGCCUCACAGAUGAGACUGGGGUCUCCAUACGCUGGUUCUUGGAAGGCCAGAGUCUCCUCCUCACAAGGGGGAUGACACUGUCCCUGGACAAUAGCACCCUCACCAUAGACCCCAUCAGCAGAAAGGACGCCGGGGAUUAUCAGUGUGAGGUCUCCAACAGGGGCAACUCCAGCAAAAGUGACCACCUCAGGCUGCAUGUGAAAUAUAAAGCCCAGCCCUUCCCCUCAAGCUACUAAUGAUUGACAGCAACUGAAUAAAUGCCCUCUGUGAGUAAAACGGAAAUAUGUUACUUUUCUCUCUCUUGGUUUCUCCAGAAGUUAGAGAUGCUUAACUCUGAGCAGCCUUAUCAGGUAAAUAAAAAUGACUGUCUCCUGACAUUUGCAAUAAUCUUCAUAUUUUGGGACCCUCUAGAAGAGAGAAAUCUGCAAGCAAAAUCAAAUGGCAGGAUUUGGGCCUGGAUUUCCUGAGGUUACAAUGGUGUUGGUUCCUUGUUUUCUGGAAUUCAGUCUGAGACUCUCUUUUGUACAUAUAGUUUUAUGAUUGACUUAUUUACUUGUUCUUGGAGGCUGGGUCUUUGAUGGACCUCACAGGCUCUUCAUUACUAGCCCGGGCUUUCUCUAGUUGCAACACUAAUUGUGAAUGAGACAGUUCAAGCUCUAGCCUCACGGCAAAGACCACUGGGACACUACAUAUUUAUCAGAUGGAAACACUCAAAAACUCAUCUUCCUUGUUGCCCUCUAAAAUAGGAAGAUUCUUUGGGAAAAUAUCACAAAUCAUUAAUCAUUAUCCUCAUCGUAAUAUGCUUUCAUGUUUUUCAAAUGUUGGUCCAAGGGCUAUAAGAAGGCAAUCAAAGAGAGAAAUAAUAUUUCCUUAACACAAACUGUUGAUGCUAACGAAUCAUGGAACUUGAGAUUAUUUCCAGCUCUUGUGUCCUUUCCUCAAAUUACAUAGGUUGACUCCCCUUGGAACUGUAGCCAAGAAGGAACUUAUGAGGCCUUCGUAGAUCCCCACCCAUGUACACCUGCCUCGUAUCUAUGAGAAACAACUUCAGUCAAGAAUAUAUUUAAUCAUAGAAGUGAAACAAUACAAAAAGAAAGGAAACUGUCAACAAAGUCAAAAUAAUAAUAUCGUAGCUAUUAAACAGACUCAUGGACUGUUAGCUCUUCCUCAAGGGCUAUUGAUAAUAUUUGGAGCCAGGACCUUUGACCCCUUUUACAGAAUCUGAAACCCCUGCCAGAUGGAAGAAGUGAACUAUGCCGCCCACAAGCAGGAAGACUUGAGACCGGCUGGAACCACAAGGGUGAUGCUGCUGCUCCCCGAGACCUCAUCACAGACCCAACAGAAGAGCGUCCUCGGGUUGAUCAGGCUCUGCUCCUUGAACAGCAUAAGACUCCUCAGACCCCUCCAGGACCAGACACACAGCCUUUUAUUUAUGUUAAUAUUUUAUUGAUCUAUUUAUUUGGCUGCCUUGGUUCUGAUUUGCAGAUGAAGGAUAUUCUCUACCUCUGGUGGGAUCUUGCUUGUGGCUCAGAGACUCACCAGCUGUGGGGCGAGGGCUCAGCUGUUCCUGGGCUGUGAGAUCUUAGAUUCCCCACCAGGGAUCGAACCCGGGUCCACUGCAUUUCAAGAUGGACUCUAAGCCACUGGACGACUGGAAGUCCCAGGACACAGUCUUGAGGGCAUUAGCCUGCUUGGUCCCCCGUGUGUGUCAAAGCAGUAAAGCUAGUUUUUCCAUUUCUCUUAAAACUCUCUCUCUCAGAUGUAAUCUGGCCCCAGGACACAGAGGCCCAAUUUUGGCAAGGAGAUCUGGAGAGAAGCCAGGAGCCAUUGGAAGAACAGGGUCCUGGGGGCAGGAGGGCUGAGGGACCUGAGUCCCAGUGGGGUGGAAGGCUGCGAGAGGCCCAACGGGGCAUUCCGGAGGGGAGCCCUGAGGAGGCGUCCUUGGCAGCAGGCCCGGCGCUGCGGCGCAGACCCGGGGCUGCGGAGACAGACUGCCGAAAUCAGCGGAGCGGCCACAGGAGCCGGGGCGGCCCUGAGAGGGGUCGGGGCGCACAGGGCCCAGGCGCCAGUCAUCAAGGGUCAGAACAGGGUCAGAACAGAGAGAAGGAGAAGCUCUGUGCCACGGAGGCGCCCCCGGAGUGUAAGGACCGCCCCGGGGAGGGGAGCGUGUGGUCCUGGGUGUGGACUCCAAGAAGCUCUGUGCUUCCCAAGGCGGGGCCCAGGAGGCUGGCGGUUCCAACAGCGCUGGAUGCACCUGAGGCCUCUUUGCCUCAAGAACGGAAACUGGGGAGGCAGCCCUAUCUGUCCCCUCCGAUUAGAGUUAUUCCUCUCCCUGAAUUGCCCCACCGACCCCUCAGGGCAGUGCUCCUCUCUUCACCCCUCGCCCCCUAAACUCAUCCCCCAUCCCCGGGUUUCUAGAUUCUUCUGGGCUCUGCACGCUCCUAGGCCCGCCCCAUCCUCCAUUCUCUCCCCCUCCCCGCUCUCCAGGUUCUAGAUUUCAGACAGGCUGGGACCUGGGCUGCAGUGCUUCUUCGUGGACACACAGCUUCUUGAGCCACAGACAGCAAGGAAACCACAAAUGACUAACAAUCACUACACACACGGGCAGCGGGGGCAAGUGAUGCACCAGAUAAAAAAAACAAAAGAUCAAAAAAACCCCAAAAAAACAAAAGAUCAAAACUCCAUUCCCCUUCAGAGCUGGAGAACUAAACUGGGGUCCUGGACGUGAUGCCUGCACACAGCACCACCAAGGGGCUGCACAGACCUCGCAUUCAGCCCUCCCGCCCAACGCUGGACCCAGCCCGCCCUCACCCCAUUUAAUGGAGCGGAUUUCCCACACGCGCCCUGACACCCCCUCACCCCCCAGGAACAAACAAGGGAUCUUGUCACUAUUUUGACUCCCUUCCUGAUGCACGCAGAGCUCCAAUAAAACCUUGUCUGAAUAUG